AUCUGGCGGGUCCUGGUGGUCCGAGUUGACUUUCAGCAGCUGAAGGGGGACUGGAAGUGUGUCCGCGCACUUUAAUGGCUUUAUAGAGACGCAGGAUCUCAGUCACUUCUUCAGAAAACAUGAAUUUCAUCAGGUCUCGCCUUUCCAUCGGCAGCCUCCUCGGUCAAACGCGCAGACAGGUCACUGAGAGCCACAGAGGGAUGUGCAAUAAACUGCCGGAUGCAAAAUCGGAGCCUUCACCUCCAGCACCACAAGCACAGGCUCCACGUCCUCUGUUCAGAAUCCCAGGACAAAGACCCUCAGACAUGGACAAGAAGAUAUUGGUCUGGACGGGACGCUUUAAGUCAAUAGACCAGAUACCAGAGACUGUGUCGUUCGAGAUGAUUGAUGCGGCCAGAAACAAAAUCAGAGUGAAGGCUGCCUAUUUGAUGAUGGCAGCCACAAUAGGGGCCUGUUUGGUGAUGGUGAUUUUGGGCAAAAGGGCUGCAGGAAGACAUGAGUCUCUGACAGCUCAGAACAUGGAGAAGAAAGCCAGAUGGAGGGAGGAGGUCCAAAGAGAGAAAGCUGCUGCCCUGGCUGAGAAGACCCAGUGAUCGAAGCCGUCUCGACUUGAUCACAUUUUCCCCAAAUAGUGGGCUCAUAGUGUCCCCCUUCCUGCUGUUUGUACCACGACUUCAGGGCUCUUCACUCCCAUCCCUCGGAGAAGUAGCACAACGGAAAAAUAUCAGAGCAGUUAGUAGUUAGAGACUGGCCCUAACACAACCGGUUAUGAAUUAUUUUAAAAAUCUGACACCUUGGGCAUAGUUUUAUUUACUGACUGAAUGUAUAACAUUUUCAAUUAUGAAACUGGCACUUUUUAAGGUAAAUAACACCAACCAUUUUUGCAGCGGCAGUAUUUGGUUGUCUCAGAGGAGCAUGGAAACCUACAGCAGGACUGAACCUGGUACUGUGACACAUGAUUUAACAGACUAUUUUAAUUUCCCAUUGGGAUCAGUCAAGUUUUCUCAUCAAUGCAUCUACUAAACUUCAAACACUUACCUCUCAUUUAUUAUUGCCAAAGGCAGCCCGUUUUUUAAAUUUGCAUCAGAUGUAAAGCCAUUGCAUUAAACUGCCUUUUGAAGACAUGUCAAGUCUUCAGUUUUCUUUGAACAUCAAGUUGUGGAUCAGACACAAAUCGUCUGUCUUGUCCUGAUCCUCUGUAAUUAGGCUUGUUUGUUCACGUCCGGUGUGGCAUCUGUUUGUAUAUAGUGACCACAAAAAGGAGAAAAAAUAGUUAAUUAAAGAAAUUCUUCUUGA